AUGCUCAAGAUAGCAGCCGAAGUAGCCAGAGGGCUAGCUUUCAUUCAUACGACCGACACCUCCGUUAAACUCAUCCACGUCAACAUCAAAUCCACAAACAUCCUCCUCGACAAAUCCGACAACGCCUGUGUCUCUGAUUGCGGCCUCUCCUCCUUCACCCCUCCAACUGCCGCUCCACGAUCCAUCGACUACCGUGCACCUAAACUGUCGGCAACAACCGUAGGCCCACCCAGAAAUUUGACGUCUACUCUUUCGGGGUCCUUUUCAUCUUGGUGA